AUGGCCUCUGGCAGUGCGGAAGGCCAGCAGUCUGUUGACUGUCUGCGGCUCGAGGACAUCGACAUUAGACACAGGGAUCAUCAUGGCACCGGCCAUGCGACCCAACAGUCAAUAUAUAGCCAACAGUUGACUGAGGGCAUCAUUCGUCGGGCCUUCGCUGAUCCACGGCAGGUGACGGACCUCGUAAGGAAUGGCGCUGACCCGGACAGUGAGCCCCGGCUGCGACGGCGCGGCAGCGGCGCUAAUGGGCGGGCGUAUCGGCUGCUCUGUCUCGCCAUUGACAAUUGGAGUGACAACACCAUGCCCAUUCAGGCAGCAGAUAGCACUGGUCGUUUAUCGCCCGUCGUGUUGCCCAUGUGGUCGUCGCCUGAGCUGGAGGCGGCCAUCUUGAAUGCCCUCAUCGACGGAGGCGCCGACAUGAACGAGCCGACCUUUUGGGACAGCCAACCCAUCAGGAUGGCAAUCCGUGGGGGCAAUGAGAGCGCAAUGAGGGUCUUGUUGGCGCGCGGCGCUGCGGUGCGCCCCCCUCGUGGCCUUCCCUUUCGCCUCGUCAUGGAGCUGCCCAGGCCCAUCCCCGACCGAGUCGGCCAUCAAGUGCCCAUGGCGUAUGAGCAGCGGCUGUUGUCGGUAUACCGACGCCUCAUCCAGCACGACGCCACACUUGCAACCGAACAAGACGCGGGCGGCUACAACCUCAUCCACAAGGCCGCCAGCGACGAGCUAGGCCGCUAUUCGCAGGCCUUCAUCGAUUCGUAUCUGGACCUGCUGGUGGACAACGGGGCCAAUGUGACGGCGGUGGAUGCCGCUGAUUGGACGCCUUUGGAAUUGGCGGCAGAUGCCGGUUCUCCCUGUGUGAUCGACUACCUUGGCCGCCAUGCACCUUCUUCGGACAUCAACAGAGGGACACCCGGCGACCCCAAUGAGACGCCACUAUACUUCGCUGCUGACCGCCUUGAUGCAUCGAUUGCACUCUCGCAGGACCCUGUUGACAUAGGGCAGCACCUCAGGGACCGAGCCACCAGCAAGAUUCCCCUUUACGAAGCCAGCGUCCGCAGCUUGCUGCGAAGCGGGGCGGACGUCGGCCAGAUGCCCACAGACACCGAGCUGGACCGCCGUCGUCGCGACCUGGUGCUGCCCCAGUGCACGGCAGUCCUCAACACCGACGUGCACACGGGGGCGAUGGCGGCCUCAACCCCGCCCUUGCCCCUCAGCGGUCGCUAGCUGUCCUGCUGACCCACCUGCUGCCGCUCGUCGACCACAGCGACGGCGAGGACCCCGCCCCCUCCCCCCUCUCAUGCGGCCCACACGAGGCAG